GGCCUCGGGGGGCUGGCGGGGGGCGCCGCCGGCUGCGCCCUGGCCCCGCCGCUGCCGCCCAGCUGCGGCGGGGGCCCCGCCGGCCUCUCCCCGCCGGCCGCCUCGCUGCUCGCCUCCCCCGGCGCCGGCUCCGGCGGGCCCGGCUGCAGGAAGAUGGUGGUGUCGGCCGAGAUGUGCUGCUUCUGCUUCGAUGUGCUCUACUGUCACCUGUACGGCUACCAGCCCCCGCGGAGCCCCCGCUUCACCAAUGACCCCUACCCACUGUUUGUAACGUGGAAGAUUGGUCGAGAUAAACGAUUGCGUGGAUGCAUAGGUACUUUUUCUGCCAUGAACCUGCAUUCAGGACUCAGGGAGUACACACUUACUAGGUGCUUCCAAUCAGCAUUCCAAUUUAAUGCUACAAAUUUCCAUUACAUGUUACUCUUCAGAUACAUCCCAGCCCCUGAGUGGGAAGCUUCUGGAUGAGGGAGCUUGAAGAAAUCAACUGCUGGAGUUCCU